GGGGGCAGCCGCCGGCGUUGAUAACCCCGCGCCGGCCCCGCCGCCGCGCACGCCUCUGCGGCCGCGGCACCUCCAGCUCGCGCGGCGCACGGGCGCGGGGGAUGCGGCGGCGCCCCCGCCGGGACGCUCCGUCGCUGAGGCACCGGAGGAGGCUCCCGCCGCGCUGAGGGCAUGAGGCUCCCCCUGGCCCUCCUGGUCCUGGCCGCGCUGGGCGCCGCCGCCGGCGGGCCGGACGAGGCGGCGCAGGCGGGGCAAUUCUCCACGCCGGAGCAGCACCGCUGCAGCUGGCAGCUGCGCUCGGCGGCGGGGGCCAGCGAGCUGCGCCUGAGCUGCCGGCCGCCGGCGGGCCGCGGCGCGGCGCGGCGCUGCGUGUACCGCGGGGAGCCGCGGCGCUGCGCCGCCUACGGCGCCCGCAGCCGCCAGUACUGGCGGCAGAUCCUGGGCAAGCUGCGGCGGCGGCGGCACCCCUGCGCCGCGGACGGCCCGCUCAGCGCCCGCCUCUGCGGCCAGGGCCGGGCGCCGCCCGAGGCGCAGCUCCGCCUGCUGCCCGCGCCCAGCGCCACGCCGCCCGGCCCGGGCGCCGCCGGCGGCACCGCGGAGCCCCCCGAGGACCUGGCGGAGACCUACUGCGCCGAGCGGUGGCACUCGCUCUGCAGCUUCCUCGUCGGCUUCUGGCAGGGCUGAGCCGCCGCCGCGCCCCGGCCGCGCCGCCCCGUCGCUGACCACCGCCGCGGCCGGGGGCUGCCGGCGCGCCCGCGCUCCGGGAGGCGACGGCCAGCGCGGGCGAUCCAUCCCGCCGCGGCGGCAGGCUGCCCCGCCGGCCGCCCCGCGCCUCCCGAGGCGCUGCCGGGCCGGUGCCCUGGAAGUACCGGCUCCUCCGUUGGUGCUAAAGAACCCCGUUUCCGUUAAUACCCGUUAAAAUGCAGCAGGUGCUCCCGCGGCGUUGGAAACGGGAGCGGCGGCGCGCCUUCCCUUAGGAUAGUCCCCGCGGCCGCCCGCUCCCCCUGUGUAGCCUUCGUCGGGCGCAGUCUUCUCUCAGAUUUGUCAGUUUUCGUUUUUUUUUCCAAUAAAGUUCCAGCUAUUUUAUGAUACUCUACAA